UGAUUUGAGCCAAUGGCCGGGCAGUUUGAGUCCCAGGGGGCUGGAGCUUCGAGCAGCAGCGAACCUUUUCAUCCUCCUCAUCCUAGCUCUGCAGGCAGUUCCCGGUUCCUCUCUCAGGUAGAAUAUCGACCAUGGCUGGAUCCUCAGUGACCGACAGGGUAGCAGAGCGGCUCGGAUUCAUCACCCGAGUCCAGAGCUUCAGCGCCUGCCACCGACUCCACAGCCUUCACUUGAGUGAUGAGGAGAAUAAAAGGGUGUAUGGGAAAUGCAACAAUCCCAACGGUCAUGGACACAACUACAAAGUGGAGGUGACAGUGCGUGGAAAGAUCGAUGCUCACACCGGCAUGGUCAUGAACCUGACAGACCUGAAGGCGUGCAUCGAGGAAGCCAUCAUGAUCCCACUGGACCAUAAAAACCUGGAUAAGGACGUGCCAUACUUUGCCGAAGUUGUCAGCACUACUGAGAACGUGGCUGUUUACAUCUGGGAUCACAUGGUGAAGCUGCUGCCGCCCAGCCUGUUGUACGAGAUCAAGAUUCACGAGACCGAUAAGAACAUUGUCAUUUACCGAGGAGAGUAGAAGGCUGCUGAUUUGAGGUUAACCAAAAGUAUUCUUGUAGGUUUUCUAUUCAUGUCAAGGUGAAAACAUAUUGUGUUGCAUACCCUAACAGUGUCCACAGGUUUAUACCGGGUCCACCAAAGGCUUUUUACUUUUUAUUUGAUCUUGAUUAUUUUCAAACGUAUACAGAUCCCUGCAUCUCUUCUACUGCUGUUAGACCUUUUACAAACCCAAGAACCCAAACUGCUGAGAAACUGUAUUUUUGUGAUCAAAUGUCAUUUGUCUUUUCAGGGAUAAACUAUGUAAUGCAUUUUGACAAAUACAAUGACCAAUAAAACAACAACAUGACAAGCAAAGAGUAACACUUUAUGAUACAGCCUGUGACUCAUGAUCAGUGUUGCCAUAGUUACCUUGAAAAAGUAAUCUGAUUACUCCUUUAAAAAGUAACUUAGUUACUUUACUGAUUACUUGAUUUUAAAAGUAACUAAGUUAGAUUACAAGUUACUUUAUUAGUUACAUUCAGCAGCUAUCUUCUUACUAAGGAAAAUGACAAACACAGUAACUCGCAGUGACUUGGAGAAGUAACUUGAAUCUGAUUACUGGUUUGGAAAUAGUGUUAGAUUCCUCGUUACUGAAAAAAGUGGUCAGAGUAACGCGUUACCGACAUCACUGCUCAUGAUGGUGUACUAUUGUGAAGCAAUUCUUUUUAAGUUGUAUUAUUCGCAAGUAAAGGAUUUGUAGAACUUGUUCCACCACCGCUUGGCAAACACUAUCAGCAUUUUACCCACUAACCAGCCAAGUUAUCAGUUAUGCUAAAAUGAUAAAUGCCAUGGAUGAGCAAAAUCAACUUGUACGUGUAGUUUAACUAAACAUGACUGGCUGUUGUACUUCAUAUAAUAAUAUGAACUUUAUUUUAAUAGCACCUUUCAUGCACAAUGAAGGAUGCAGAAUAAAUGCACAUUGCAGAGCUAAAAGACUUUUGGGGAAAAUAGAAAAACCAUAUUUUUGUGUGACACCAUUGGUAGGACUGUGCACUGCAUCAACCACAUGUACACGUUUAGCUGUACGUCCUUAUACACAAAAGGUAAGCAAAAUGGGGAACCAGUCAGAGAAAAACAGACACCUUUCCAUAUUGUUCCCCUGCACAGGUACAAUAACUCCUCCAACCAGACCUCCAUCUGCUAACUCCAACUCUGUAUGAUACUGAACGAGCCAGAGUGACGGAGAUAGAACAGUGUUUAUUCCAGAUCAGAUUCUCUCUGCACCAACGGUACAACUCUGCACACACAGAUGACUCGCAUCACUGUUACAUCAAUAAUACACGACGAAGCAUUGGUUAUUACACAGUACAAUAAUGUGUCAUUUAAAUAAAGGCUAACUCUUGGGUGAUUGUUGCCUCUCUUGCAAUUAGCAAAGCUAUUUUUUUUCCUAAAAAUAAUUACGUUAUAAAGUUGGAUCUAUUAAUGUGUGAGUGUAUUUAUUAUAACCUAUCAUUCCUGUCCAAAACAUUAUUUUUCUCAGUUAGUAAAUGCUUAUAACUGUAAAUGCCAACAGCAUUAUCAGUUAGGCCCUGACUGCCGCCAGACAGACUGAACCGUUUAUUAUCUUGUUA